CUGUGCCGUGCCAUGCCACAAGAGCUCCUGGGGUCUCUGGCUGUUCCCCCGAGUCCCUGCUCCGUGCAGGGUCCAGCCCUCACAGGGGUGAGAGCUGCACUCACCCGAGCCAGCACUCCAGGAGUUAACAUGUGAAUAAAAACCAGACCCGUACAAACCUGGAACCUGGGCAGAUUUCCCUCUGGGCAGAGGGCUGGGCAGCCUCUGGUCAGUCCUCCUCCUCCUCGGUGCCCCUCGGGCAUCCCUGAGCAGCGCCUGCUUCUGUGCACGGCUCUGCAGACCUGCAGCGCCCAGUCAGUGAAGGCUGCCCCGCUCCAGCAAACCAUGCCUGGGCACCGCUGUGGCUGCGGACACCGGGACACCCCUUUGCCUGUGUCCAGGCUCACCCCAGCAGCUUUGCUGCCUUCUCAUGCAGGGCCCGUCCCGGGGUGAGGGGACAAAGCUGCCAUCCCCCACCAGACCCAAGCUGGGCAUGUGCUGCACAGCCGGCGAGAGGGAGAAGUCCGAGGCCAGGUGCUGCCGACUGUGUCUGGAGAGCAGCCAAAUCCUGCUCCGUGGGGCAGCUGGAUCCACCCUGCCAGCACAAACAGCCAUUAAAGGCCAAAGUAGAGCUCCAGGCACACGGGUCUGUGUGAGAUGAAGCCAUGAAUUGCAACUGAGAUGCGCAAAACUUUCUUCAGGUGCUGCUGCAAUCCUGCCUCUCCUCCAGUGUGCCCCAGAGCAACCCCGGCACCUGGCUCUCCCACCAGUGCUGCCCAAUGCACAGGCUGGGGCUGGUCCUCCACACCAGCCUCUAUAUAUAUGGCACAAGUGUGGACUGCGCAGAAGGCUGUUGCUUAGCCAGUGCCCGAGGAUGUGGCUGUACCUGGCGGUGGUGCUGGUGGGGCUGUACCUGCUGCGGCGCUGGCACCGGGAGCGGCAGACGGUGCCGAGGCUCUCGGAGAAGUAUGUGCUGAUCACAGGCUGCGACAGCGGCUUCGGCAACCUGCUGGCACAACAGCUGGACGCCCGGGGGCUGCGGGUGCUGGCCGCCUGCCUGACCAGCAGCGGGGCCGCGCAGCUGCGGGCGGCCGCCUCACCGCGGCUGCAGACCGUCCUCCUGGAUGUCACCUCCAGCCAGAGCAUCGCCGCCGCCACCGCCUGGGUCCGGGAGUGUGUGGGCGACCGAGGGCUCUGGGAGCUGGUGAACAAUGCAGGGACCACCAUCCCGACUGCCCCUAAUGAGUGGCUGACCAAGGACGACUUCGUCAAGGUGCUGGACGUCAACCUGGUUGGCCUCAUCGAGGUGACGCUGAGCCUCCUACCCCUGGUGCAGCAGGCGUGGGGCCAGGUGGCCAGCGUGAUGGGCCGUGUCUCCUUUUUUGGCGGGGGGUACUGCAUCUCCAAGUAUGGCGUGGAGGCCUUCUCCGACAGUCUCCGGCGUGAGAUGUGCCCCUUUGGGGUGCAGAUCUCCAUCAUCAAACCUGGCGGCUUCUGGAAAGGGAUGACCAACCCUGUAACGGUAAUGAAGGGCUUCAAGCACCUCUGGGAGCAGCUUCCAGCAGAGACCCAGGCAGCCUACAGUCACCAUUACCCGGAGACCUAUGCCAAAAGCAGCGUCCUGCUGCACCGCCUGAGCAGCUCCUGCCCGUUCCGUGUCACCAGCAUCAUGGCACACGUGCUGCUCGCCCGCUUCCCCCACAGCCGCUACGUGGCCGGGUGGGAUGCCCGACUUGCCCUCCUGCUGCUCAGCUACUGCCCAGCCUGGCUCACCGACGCCACCAUCAGCUUCUUCCUGCCCGUCCCGGCCAGGGGGAUGCCCGCGCGCCCCUGAGGAUGGCCACCAGACCAGGGAUGUGGACGCAGCACCCACAGGCACCCGCUUGCCUCAAGCCCCUGUUAACAUGCUCAAUAAAGCUGGUGCAAAGCGAGGGGCUGCCCGUGGUGAACCUCAGCCUCGGAGGUGUCCGAGAGCUGCUUGGCCACCGUGCUGGGUGACCCGCCAUGCCGGGGCAGCUGUGAUGCCAGUGGGGUCCCUGCCAGCCCGCAGGGUCCCUGCCAGCCUGCGGCAGGACCCCAACUGCGACCUGUGCCCAGAGCAGCCGUGUUCCCCGGGGAUGUCUGAGCUGCAGAGCAGGAUCGUCUCUGCCCCUGCAGCCCUUUGAGGGGCUGGUGGCUGCGCCGGGGGAUCCAGCUCAUCCUCACAGUCAGAGGCAGGGGCCAAUGGGCACCUACUGCCAUGGCUGAUGGCGCCUGCGGGGCUGUCGCAGGCACCAGUGGUGCUCUGGCUCCCCAUCGCUGCCUCAUGCUGGAGGGAUGCUGCUGCCCUGGGACAUGGUUAAAGAUGUUUUUCCGAGCCAGGCAUGUGGGUGGUGAUUCAUGUAUCGUUCAUACCUCUAAUUAAGGGCUGAUUAGUGAUGACUAGCUGGGGGUUAGCUCCCUGAGGUUGUGCACUUGCCUGCAGGACAAAAGCAAUGUUAGCAGCAGCCCCACUCCCACCAGCAUCUCACUGCUCCCGCACGCGCAGAGGCUGAGCCCACAUGAGACCAAGACACCCCAGGGCUGCGAUGGAGCUCAGGGGGACAAGGAGCUACAGCAGGAUGGAAGGCAGCAUGUAGGGCCCUUGUGCAAGCUGCAUUACAGCUUACUGAGCUGUCUCCCCAGCCAAGAAAGCUUUCCUAAAUGCUUUGCUCAGCUUAGCAAAUCAGUAAGACGUCCCCAGCAGCCCCCACACGUCACGUUUCAGGCCCCCGUGUCCCCAAAGGGCCGGGCUGCGGCAUGCUGAGUUGCCAGGAGGUGACACGGGGGCCUUAGCUGCACUUUUCUGGGGACCCCUGUGCCCACAUCCCUUGGCUGCCUG